AUGACAACCCAAACUCAAGAUCUCCCACCACCAGGCGGAUUUCCUACAAUCAAAUAUAAACGUAAUGUUCCUAGAAAAGGACCCUCUGGUUUUGUACUUUUUUCAGCCAUGUUCGCUAUAUGUACAUAUGGUUUUUAUAAAUUAGGACAGGCAAAUGUAGAAAAAAGGGAACUUCAACGUGAGAAAGUGUGGUCACGUAUAUAUUUGGUUCCUUUGUUACAAGCAGAAUUAGAUCGUGAUUCUUACAGAAGAUCACUUGCAACUCUAGCAAAAGAAGAAGAAAUAAUGAAAGAUGUUCCAGGUUGGAAAGUAGGAGAAAGUGUUUAUAAUAACAAGAAAAGAUUUAUUCCACCUUCAAUUGUGGUUAUACCAGAACAUUAA